AUGAAUUUAUUGAAUAUUGUUAAACAUAUUCUUCACUUGACUGAAAAUGAAUAUGAUUCAGAAAAUUCUCCAACAACAACGGAUGAUAUUUUUGCUGCAGAACGGAUAUUCGAAGUUUUAAAAUCUAUAAAUGUCAGCUACUUCACUGAACUGUAUGCGUAUGACACUCUCGAUUUCGACGAUGAAUAUGAUGAAAUGACUGACGAAGAAUCGAGUAAUGAUGACAUUAAUGACUACAAUGAAAACGAACAUUCCGAUAUAAAUGAUCAUUUUACAUUAGAAGAAAUGCAACGUAUAGUCGAAUGGGUUGACGAACAUCCGAAUGCUAGACUUGCAACCAUUUCACAUAGAUUUAAAAAGGCAUAUUUUUUAGAUGCUCACAAUUGGAUUGACAGUAAAAGAACUUUAAUAGCAAAGUAUCCUUCUCAUCAAAUUUUAAAUAGCGAUCACUGUUCAUUUCAACAAGAAUAUAUUCCACCAAGAACUCUUUCUUUUACUGGUGAAAGAACAACUGAAGUAGUUGUUAAAAAGAAAUAUAAUAUCACACAUUCUUAUACAAUUCAGCCGGUAACAUCAGCUAACAGUCUUUUAUUAGACAAGUUUUUACUUAUACUUCAAGAAAAAGAAAACACACUAGGUAAAAGAGUACAAAAAAAUUUAAUAAUACCACCAAAUGUUGUAGUAAGAGCUUCAAAAUCAGGAAAAAGCAAUGACGAAAAUCAUCAUGUCUUUUUAAAUGAAGUUCUACGUCCAUUUGUUGAUAAAAAAUUUCUUCUUUUCCUUGAUUCUUGGAAAACUCAAGCUGAUCUAACAAAAUUUAGAGCAGUAUUUCCUCAUCAAGACAGUCAAUUAUUGAUUUUUCCUGAAGGAUCGACCGGUUAUAUUCAACCGCAGGACCUUUCCUUAUUUCGAUCAUGGCGAUUUAUUCAUGAAAAAAUCGAACAUUAUACUCAUAUUAACCGAACAGAAACAACUAUAAGUGAUCGUCAAUAUUUUAUCAACAUACAUUCUGUUAUUCAUAAUCAAUUAUCAGCUCCACCAUUUAAGAAUCUCAUUAAGAGUGGAUUCAUACAAGCUCAAAUAACAAAUGAAACAAUUGGACAGAUUGAAAAACCAAAAGACAUUUGUUUCAAGUAUUAUGAUCUGUAUUGUUCAAUUA